AUGUCGGCGACCACUCAUGCAACGAAAAAGAUGUAUUUCAAAUUCUGGAAGCUUUUUCAAAGAUAUAAAUUUGACUUUACCAAAGCCUUUACCAAAAAAAAUUUGAAAAAUUUCGACGCCUCCAGUUUGCCACCAUGUCAAAGAGAAUUACGCCAACAGCUGCUUAGUUGCAAAUACAUCACAAAUAUUUGGCAAAAUGCUAAUAAGAAAAAACCUUCUGAUCUUGAUCCAGAAGCAUUUGGAUGGAUUGCUGCUAACCAGUUCACACGUUAUGAAUUUAAAUGGUUUGACGGAAAACAAUUGCCAAAGAUUGUUAAAGAUGUUAUAAUGGACAAGGAUGAUUCCGAAGGUACAGCCUUAAAUAUCGACAAGUUUAAUUAAUUUUAUUAUUACUUUAAAUUUUUAACCUUUCAUAAUUCUAAUUUUAGUUGAAGAGAAAGAUGUGGAAUACGGUAGCUACGAAAACAGUGAUUCUGAUGAGGACAAUGAGUUACCUACCGACACUAAAGACUAGAUAUUUUUGAACCUAUCUUUCAUAUAUUUUAUAUUGUUACUAGACACCACAGACGCGCGCUUCGCGCGCGCUAUUUGAUUUUUUAUUUUUUACUUUUAAAAAAUAUAUUACAACAAUAACCAUCUAUACAAAUUUGAACAAAUUUGACAACUUAAAAUACAAUCGCAAUGACAGUUAUUCUCGCAACACGAAGUUAGUGCAGCGAGAGAACCAAUUAGUAUCGCGGAAAAGAGGCUUUAUUACAUACCUUUUUUAAGAUAGGAUGCCUCUGAAAUCUAUUAUUUAAUAAACACAUGCAUAGAAAAAAGAAUAUUAAAAAAAAUUAAUCAAACAUCUUAUCCUGUUUCUUUCAUAUGUAUAUAUGUCU